UUGUGUUGACGGAAGUUGGUUUAGUCACAUGGGUUAGAUCUUUUUAUCUUUAUCUGACUUGGACUGAAGAAGUAGUGUGUUGAAGUCGCUAUAUUAUGAAAAGUACUGACUGAAGUAUUAGUUGACAGUACAUAGAUAGAGUGGCCAAGCUAUUAAUUUACAAUGGAUAUAGAAAUCAAUGUCAGAAUUAAUCUUUCUAAAGAUGACCAGAGGGAAGUAACUCUAGUAGUACCAGAACAGACAACUGUUGGCAGUUUCAUCAGAAAAGUGUGUAAAGAAAAUGAUAUUCCUAUGAAAAGCAGUUAUGUUUUGACAUUAUAUGAGUCCAGUGAACCCUUAAGAUGGUCUUCCAGACUCAAUAGUUGUCAUGUUAAUUCUGGAAUGACCGUGGUGUUAGGUGAAAAUGAGGAUGAUGAAGACAUGAAUGAAAUAAGAACAGUACAUUGUAAUCUAUGGUGGCCAUUUGCAUUUAUAUGUUUCAUGAUUGGUAUAAUCGGAGUUACAGCAAUUGUGGUUGUUAAACACAUGCAGGAACAGCCAGAAUAUGAGUAUGGUAUAGUAAUGGAUGCUGGAUCCUCACACACAAAGCUGUUUAUAUAUAAUUGGGAUGGAGUGAAAGAGAAAAACACAGCUUUAGCAGAACAAAUACACACCUGCUCUGUUCCAGGUCAUGGAAUUUCAAGUUAUGAGGCCAAUCCUGAAGGACUAGCGCCAGGUUUAAGAUACUGCUUGAGUGAAGCUAAGGAUACUAUACCUAAAGACAAACAGUCUUCCUCACCUGUUUACCUAGGGGCAACUGCAGGCAUGAGAUUAAUUCAUGAGGUUAACAGUACAAUCACAGAUGCAAUCUUUAAGGUGGUACGAGACACUAUUGCUGAGUUUCCAUUUAAAUUCACAGACUCUAACAAACAGGCCAGGAUAAUUACAGGGGCAGAAGAAGGACUUUAUUCCUGGGUUACUGUUAAUUAUCUCACUGGAAAAUUUGGAAUGGUCCAUCCUCUUAAACUGAAAUCAGAAAAUAAAUGGAAUUUGGAGGGUCCAGAAGAUAGUACUUUAGGAGCCAUGGAUAUGGGAGGAGCCUCAACACAGAUGACCUUUUACCCUGGUUCAAAGGUCACAGUUCCCUUGGAUUACAGUGGUGAUGUGAUAUUAUAUGGAAUCAACUAUACAGUCUAUACACACAGCUAUUUGUGUUUUGGUAUCAAUGAAAUUGAAAGAAAAUACAAGGCAUUGCUUGUCAAGAGUUACAAUUAUUCCAGUACCAUUACUGAUCCCUGUGGUCCGUCAGGUCAUACAACUAUAGAAACCUACACUGAUGUGUUUGAAGCUCCUUGUACCAAGGCAGAUAAAACAUUUAUGGCCGAUGAGGGAGAAAAGAACAGAACAUAUGAGUUUAUUGGUUCCAGUAACAAUACACAGUGUUCAGCUAUGGUUGAUGGUCUGUUUAACUUUGGUGCUGGCUGUGGUUUCUCCGAGUGCUCCUUUAAUGGAUCAUAUCAAGCACCUGUUCAUGGAGAGUUUUAUGCAUUUUCCAAUUUCUUCUAUGAGAUGGAUUUCUUAAAUUUGACAAAGAAUUCUUCAGAAGUCAGUCUAUCAAAAUACACAUCAGAGCUAACCAGCUUAUGUAGCUCUCCAUGGUCCAAGGUAAAAGAUAUGAAGGCUGCUAAUGCAGAGUUUUUACCAUGGUACUGUUUCCGUGGACAUUAUAUACUCAGUUUGUUAACAUCAGGAUAUAAGUUUAAUGAUACAACAUGGAGAAAUAUUAAAUUUUUAAACAAGGUAAACAAUAAAACAGAGAUAGGAUGGAGUUUAGGAUUUAUGAUAAGUUCCAGUACGUCCAUUCCAGCUACCAUUCCAGACAUAAUGAUAUCUAAUUUAGCUUUUAUUAUGUUAUGUGUUUUGUUUAUUAUUUUUAUGAUAUUAGGUAUAGGGUUUAUAAUGCUGGGCGGUAGAUAUAAUAAAAUGAAACAAAGAGGAAUGUAUGAACGAUUAAAAAGUUAUGGAGCUGUGUAAUAGGUAUUGUUGAUGUUUAGAAUGUCUGUGAUAUACUCAUGCCAGUAUUUUUUGUGUAACAUCAUUGUUAUAGUGAGGUACUGUUGUUAGCAGUCUGAUUAAAAUCAAACCUCUCAGCUCUCCUGUUUGA